GAGCAGAAUUUGAACAUGCAGCCCGCAGAGAAAAAACGGUGAGUCUUUUUUCCUCCAAACACUCGCUUUAACAGUCCGUUAACUCUAAUAGGGGCUUUUCCCCUGUUCUUUUUGAGGCAUUUGCUGACCCGAAAUGGCUCUGGAGGUCAUUCAGCUAUUGAUUUUUCCAUUUGAAUAGGAUAAAUUGACUUUGUAUUGAACUUCCUUUUCUCAUGGAUCCGGAUGUAGCGCAUCCGCGACACCAAUCAAACCAGACAGUCAGGAACAGAGACGAGGGGGGAGGAGGGGGUGUGGGAGCGAGGGGGGAGUCUUUCCCCUGGCUGCAGGGCUGCUUUUUUCUUAAGGUGGUAUGAAACCCCAACCGCCACUUCCCCCCCCCCCCAUGCGCAAAAAACCGGAGCCGUGAAAGUUUUGAAAUGAUGGGAAAAUGUCCAGAUCAGGGAGCAGAGCGGGCUGCUCACUCAUACACAGGCGUUUGAUUUCCUCUGAUGAGUCUGAUGACUGUGUGAGUGUGCGUAAUGGGAACAUUCCUGAGAGCAGAGGAGACAUCCUGUUGAUGUUUCCUCGCUGAGUUGUCUUGUGCAGACAGUGGUUUCCAAACUGUGGCUCCAGCACAAAGGGGGGUCUUUUUUAACAGACCCAAAGUUCACUUCAGUCAACUUUUAAAACUCUUACAUGAAGUCUGUGCCAGCUUUGAAAGAAGAAAAACCUCAUGAAACAUUGGAGUAGAUUUUAUCUCCAUUAUAAUCCCGGAUUAAAUUAACCUGAAUUUUUGUUCAUUCCCAAACCUUCACACUUACAUUCAGAUGUCAAAAAAUGUUUCUCUACAUAAAGUAACUUAUCAUCUCGGUUUCUGAAUUCAUUGUGAUGAAGCAAAAUGCACUCAAACCUGAAAAAUGAUCUGUUUUUAACCCGCAGUGAUUUAUAUUUUAUAUCAGUAAAGCUCAAAAGUACCGAGAGUGUUCCUUUAAAGCUGUGAAAGCAAAGUUCAAAGUGGCGAUAGAAGUAUGAAAAAUCACUUUUUCUGGACUGCAUCUAAUUUUGUUGCGCCAAAAAUGACAAAUCAGCAAGAAUAUAAAUAAACGGCCCGUUUAUUACAUCACCAUUAGUCACAUUCACCUUAUUCACAUCAUUAUUCAUAACCCACAAGAACGGAAACGACGACUUUUUUCUUCCCUAAGCCCCCUCGUCAACCAACGCGGAAUAAAACCCUCCGUUCCACCUUAACUAGUGCACACAUCUCUAUCGCCCGGCCUUCCACAUCUGCCCAAUGAAUCAGGAGCGGAUGCGAUGUAUCCUUUUUCAGUGGAGUGAAUGGCCAAUGGGAGUUGGCUUGUCGAGCAAACACUGAGCCCUGCGUUCCCAUUCAUUCAGUGCUGAACAGGCCCGCAGAGCUGGAGAGAGCGCACGGCUGUCUGCGACCACACGACGCUUUUUCUUCUUCCCCUCUACGGCGAGCGCAGAUUCUCCCGAAGCAACGCAGCAACAGCCUGAACUCAACACCCUGCAGAUACACGAAGAGGAGACCGUCUUGGAUUUAUGCUAACUCGUGUUUGAGACAUUUUUUUACGCUAUUUUCUACUCGCCAACAAUUCCUGCGGGACUUCUAUAACUGGGUUGUCUCGCAGGAAGAUCGGCCUCCCCGAGUGCUCAGCAGCUCUCCCUCCUCCAUCAGAGCUCCACCGUGGAUUUACUUUGUUUUGAUUCUGGACAAAUGCAUGCGUAAAGCGCGCUCAACUUCCAGAAAACUUACCAAGAAAAGGGAAUAACGCAAAGGGAUACACUCUCACUUGGAUUAAAAGGCAGUAAAUGUUAUGCAUUAGAGCCGAAAGCCUGCGUUUGGACAUUGCCCCUUCCUUUUGGAUGGAGUCUUGGUAGGCUACUUGGUUGAUGGAUUCGACGUUAUGGAUGGUUGCAUAUAGGUAUGUACUUGCCUAACAUAUCUGCGCUACUUUUACGCGUAUUUUUGUGGUGUUUAGCGGUGCACGUAGCAGCCAAAUACGCACAGCAGCAGCGAUUAUACGUUUCGCCACUUCAGUGCAUACAUCCAAAGAGUGUACGUUGAGUUUCUAAAUGUUUUUGGCACGGGGAAAUAAAAAAAAAAACACCCGCAGCGGGUGAAACUCAUCGCGAUUAGUGGAUGAAGUUGAUGGAUCUCCAUGCCUGCUGUGUCCUUCCGUGGCUCUGCUGUAACAAACACCCUUCCCCCCACGGCGGUUGUUUUCAUUCAUAAGUUUUACCCCGUCUAUUCGGAUGCGUCCUCUUGUGUCUAUUGAUCUCCCGAUCUGUGUGUUUUAUAGGGUCCCGCUUUUCUUACUGCGCAGGAUGUCGUCUCCUUUGAACGCGAUCGGAGCAGAUAAUCCUAUUUAUAGUGCGCCCUUUGACGCCUGGACAUAAAAAAAUAAGAUUUAGUUUAUUAGUGAAGCUCAAAAGAGGAAAAAACCGAGUAUUCUCUCGGGUUUUGGAGCACUCUUCCUCCUUGUUGAUGGUUUUUACGGGGCUGUAAUCUCUCUGUUUCUGCAAUCUCUCCAGGUUUUGGCCUCGUGCAGAAGUGCGUUGCCUAAUAACAUCCACGAAGGCUUCAACUUAUAUUCCUGAUGUUGUUUAUGGCACAUCAGACCGAAUUACGCGCUUCCAAUCAACUUCAAAAAAUCGCGUUUGGCUGUUUUGUGCGGUGAAGUUUUCUGUCUGAGAACAUUAAAGCUCUCGCUUCGUCUUUAUUCACAUCAAAAGUCUGUAUUUUGUCGGAACUUGGUCUGACCUUUAGUUCUUUUUCCCUUCUCCUACUUUUGUCCCCAUUUCCCUGAAUCCUUUUCGGUGUAGUAAUAGAAUACUAAGUGAGGCAGCUCAUUUAGUUCCCUUGGAUCGCGUCCUCAUUUCGUCGCCGCGGUGCAUUUAAAUGUUAACUAGUCAUACAAAUGUAAAUGAGGAGGGGAAGUAUUUGUAGGCCCUACUGAAGUUUAAAUGUGUGCGUAUUGGGGAGGAAGGCGCACCAAGUCUUGUUAAUAGUCAACUUUUCCCGAAGGAUUGACUGAAGGGAAUCAAAAGUGACAUAUUGUCAUGUUGACAGUCUGAAAACAGAGUCAGGUUGAUUUAAAAUACACAUGUUUAUUAUUUAAUUUGAUGACAGUUAAUCAUAUUUUGGAACUCGCUGUUUUUGCUGCUGCAGAAUUCGUUAAAUUGGAUCAUUUCUAGUUUAUUAGUUUCACUUGGUUUUUGAGGUAAAGUGUCUCUGAAUGUUGUUUCUCAUCCUCUAUCAGGACACAGUGUUAUUGUCAGUUAUGUUGUGUUUUGGAUGUCUCUGAUCAUGUCCCCUCCUUCCCCGCUUCUUCCUUUGUCUCUCCCCGGCCUCCCUCCACCCUCAGGCAGGUUUUCCGAUGCAUGCCAAGUCCACGGUGAAUGUCGGAAGUGGUGAUCCCCCCAGAUGGAGCUCCAAAGUCAACAUGGCCCCGGCGGUUCAUUAGUGGUGAUCCAGCAGCCUUCCCUGGAGAGCCGGCAGAGGUCGGAUUACGAGCGGGAGCUCCAGCAUGCCGCCAUUCUCUCCCUGGACCAAAUCAAGGCCAUCCGCUCCAACAACGAGUACACUGAGGGGCCCUCAGUGGUACGGAGGCCCCCUGCGCCCCGCAUGGCCCCAAGGCCCCAGGACAAGCAGGAGAGGACUCACGAGGUCAUCCUCGUCAAUGUGAACAAUAAUUAUGAGCACCGGCCGUCAGGGCACCACCAUCACGUCGGGGGCGGUGUGGUGGUAGUGGCUGGAGGACAGCAGUAUGGAGGGUCCCGGGCUCCGGGGCUCAGCCGCUCCACUAGCACAGGAAGUGCCGCCAGCUCAGGGAGCAACAGCAGCGCCUCCUCUGAGCAGGGACUCUUGGCACGCUCACCCCCCACCAGGCCCGGCAUAAGCUUACAGCACCACCACAGAGCGGAGCGGCCUGUUCGGACUCAGCCCAAGCCCAAGGCCCUCUCUCAGCCCCAGCAGGGACCUCACUUCCACCAGCCUCCACUAGAGGCUCCACUCAAGCCGCAGGGCAAAGGGAAAUCAGACUUUUCUGGCUCUGGCACUGGGGUGGUGGCUGCUGCCGGGCACCAGUUCAUCUGUGAGCGCUGUGGGAAGUGCAAGUGUAGUGACUGCACGGCUCCGCGGAGCCUGCCUUCAUGUCUGGCGUGUAACGGCCAGUGCCUGUGCUCUGCUGAGAGCGCGCUGGAGCACGGCACCUGCAUGUGCCUGGUUAAGGGCAUCUUCUACCACUGCUCCAAUGACGAUGAGGGGGACUCUUGUGCUGACCACCCCUGCUCGCUGUCACGCUCCCACUGCUGCUCCCGCUUUCUGUGCAUGGGAUUAAUGUCGGUACUCUUCCCCUGUCUGCUAUGCUACCCACCUGUUAAGGGCUGUCUGAAGGCAUGCCAGGGCUGCUACGACCGGGUUAACAGGCCCGGCUGUCGCUGCAAGAACUCCAACACUGUGUAUUGCAAACUGGAGAGCUGGGCCCCACAGAGCCAGGAGAAACCCUCCUGAUCGUGAGGCCCCGAGCGUGAUUGUGAUUGUGUGUGCGCGGGAGACACUAGAUGUGGAUCUUAUGAUGACAAUGAUAAUGAUAGUCACAAAUUAAUGUUUAUCAAACAUUCUAAGCACCUCCCACCCGCCUCCCUCUCCUUGCUGCAGAACCCUAAGGAGCUAAAAGGAGUAACGAAAACCACUCGAUUAUUUUUAUUUUUAUUUCUCUGGAUCAGGACCAUGUUUUUACAGACCAGUGUUUGCCUUAACUGUUUCUGUGUCAGUCCUCAGCUCCUCAUUAACACUAUUUUUUUUUAUAUAUAUGAAAGUUUUUCUUCCGUUUUAGGUAGGCGGCUCCAUCCAGGUCCUUGCGCCUGGUGGAGCUGCCUCUCACCAAAUCUGUGAAGGACGAUCUACUUAUAGGGCAAUUAUGUAGCUGUUACCUGGUAUUCAUAGCACGCAGGUAUGUUUGAAUUUAUCGGUUGCUGCCACACUAAAACGGUGGUUCCUCUGCUCAUGUUGCAUUAACGAAAGCACAUGCAUCUCAUAGUAUUUUUUCUCCACAUGGACGUUUCUCUCUCUCUCUCUCUCUCUCUCUCUCUCUCUCUCUCUCUCUCUCUCUCUCUCUCUCUCUCUCUCUCUCUCUCUCUCUCUCUCUCUCUCUCUCUCUCUCUCUCUCUCUCUCUCUCUCUCUCUCUCUCUCUCUCUCUCUCUCUCUCUCUCUCUCUCUCUCUCUUCCCACCCGUCUGAACUCUUCAUUCACACUCUGUGGCAUUCUCCCAUUUUUAUUUUUGUUUGUUUUUCUUUAUUUUCGUUGUAAAUUCAAAAAUCCAUAAGAGGAAUUCUGGCUAUUUUUUAAAAGAAAAAUGUCUGUUAAAACAUUUUUUUGUUGUAAAAAAUAUUUAUUAUGUGAAGCUCUAUUAUUUUAUGAUAUUUAUUGCAAGAGACAGUCUUAAAUUUACUCAUGUCUGAAUAUAACAAAAUAUCAAAUACUUACUGAAAAAUUAAAGGGUGGCACAAAAGAAAACUAUGUUAACUUUAAUGCAGAAAAUAUAUUAAUUAAUGAAAAA